UGUAAGCAGUUUAAAUGUCAGUCCCUGCACUGCCAAACCACAUUUUAUGUUUGAAUAGCUCUCACCCACUCACUCUGCUGCUUCGCUGGCAAAUAGCUUCACUUUGCCGUGCCUAUUUUGGGAGCACGAGGCGUAUCAAGAAAUGGGUUCUUAAACAGAAACAAAAAGAAACAAAGCGAGAAGUUUUCCCCGCGGCCGUGCAGUGCCCUGUAGGAUUAUCUCAGGUUUCUAGUUUCCUAGGAACGUAGUAACUUCCCCGUGGCUUGUUUUGUGGGCGGUGUUUUUGAAUAUAUGCUAAUUCAGCUUUCCUGACAGGGAACGCGCCGUGCCUGGGCUACGCUUCUCUCCUGACAGCAAACGGUGGCGAGAGGCGACUGCAGGGUCAGGCCGUGUGCUCGCUUGCGUGACAGGAGCCCUCGCCGGCCGCCUUUGUCACCGACAUGUGCCUAUGACCAUGGAGAUGAAGGACUCAGGCAGCGUGGUCCUGACAGCCUACCACCCCCACAGCCCCGCCAGGAUCCCUGGCAUGCAGAGCUUCGUGCAGGACGUCCCCUCCAGCCACUCGCCCAGCAGCAGAAAAUCUCUUCCUCGCUGCCGAAGAAUUAACAGGAUGCUUUCCAAUGAGUCCACGCCUCCUCCUGCAUUCAGUCGCUCCAACUCUCAGGCCUCCAUGGACAGCACCUCCAUGGAGGACUUCUGGUGUGAAGUGGAGAGCAUCAAAGAGAGCAGUGAAGAUGGGCCUGAAGAAGCAACGCUUUUGGAAUUCAAACCUGCUGAUGAAGGGGAGCUGGAGGCCGAGUGGCUGCAGGAUGUAGGUUUAUCUACACUGAUCUCGGGAGCUGAAGAGGAGGAUGGCCAAGCCCUGCUGUCUACUCUGACCCGAACACAAGCUGCCGCCGUACAGAAGAGGUACAACACCUACACGCAGACCCUGAGGAAGAAGAACAAGCACACAGUCCGUGACGUGCGAGACAUCUUUGGCACCAAUGACUCUUCUCCCACAUUUGAGACAGUUCCAGUGUCACCAGUUCCUUCUAAUGGUAUCCAGCUUCCUGGGCAGAAGCCAGUUUGGAAAUCAGUUAGCUCUAAUAGCUGUCUAGACUGUGGACUAGAUAAAGGCAGCCCGUCCGUAACAGAAGAGCUCUCCUAUGAGGUCUCUUUCUCAGAAUCCAUUACAGUCCUUCCAAAAAGCCGAGAGUGGACGAAAAACCAGAGGUUCAAAAAGGAAGACUCUGCUUUGCCUAAAUUCAUUGUUCGGAAAAGCCGGUUUGGACUGACAGAGGUUGGAGACCUCUCUCCUGAAGACAUGAAGAAGAUCCGCUACCUCUCCCUGAUUGAGCUAACAGCCUUCUAUGAUGCCCUGGGAGUGGAGCUGAAGAGGAACCGCACAGAGAGGGUGCGGGGACGAGAAAAUGGUCUUUUUGGAGUCCCUCUCACACUGCUGCUGGAGAAUGAUCAAAAGAAGGUUCCUGGAGUAAAAGUUCCCCUCAUCUUCCAAAAACUGCUGCUCAAGCUUGAGGAAACUGGUUUAGAAACUGAAGGAAUUCUUCGAGUGCCCGGAUCUGCCUCCAGGGUUAAGAAUCUUCAUCAAGAACUGGAGGCAAAAUUUUAUGAAGACACUUUUGACUGGGACCAAGUACGAAACAAUGAUGCAGCAGGACUGCUGAAAAUGUUUAUAAGAGAACUCCCAAGCCCGCUCUUCACGGUGGAAUAUCUGCCUGCUUUCAUCACUUUAGUGGAAAAAAUCUCCAAGAUCAAGUUACAGCUCCAAGCUUUGCAUCUGUUGAUCAUGCUGCUGCCUGAAACCAACAGGGACACAGCCAAGGCCUUUCUUCAGUUCCUGAAGAAGGUGGUUGCUAAUGAAGGAAAGAAUAAAAUGAAUUUGUGGAAUGUUUCUAUGAUAGUUGCACCAAACCUCUUCAUCUACAAAGGGAAACGUGCAAACCAACAAGAAAUGCAAGCAGCUGCCACCACAGCGCAUAUUGUGCGGCUUUUAAUUCGGUACCAGGACAUCCUGUGGACAGUCCCAUCCUUCCUGAUUUCCCAAGUGAGAAAAAUGAAUGAGGCAGCAAUAAACAACAGCAAGAGGCAGCUGAUGUUUGACAAAGGAGUGAGAAAACUUCUGAGGAGAAAGACCAUGGAGCGGGAGAGACCUGAAAGACCAGAGGGAGCUGUCACUUUUCCCCCAUACCUGCAGUCUGACAUACCCGAGGGGGUGAUAAGAGUUUAUGCACCACUGCAUUCAAAAGUCUCUAUGGCAAUUCAACUCAACAGCCAAACAAAAGCCAAAGACAUCCUGGCUCGAUUCCAUUGUGAAAACAGCCAUGGAUCUUCACAGAACAUGAGAGGCCAGAUCCAAAGUUUACAUGAAGUUGGAGGAAACAUAGGUCAGCACUGUUUGGAUCCGGACGCAUACAUGUUAGAUGUUUACCGUGCAAAUCCUCAGGCGGAAUGGGUGAUAAAACCAAAAGCAAGCUGAAGCCCAAAGCUGCAGUGUACUGGACAAAGGCCAAAUGGACAACUGUGAUGCCUGUCAUUUUCAGAAGCUCUUGCCUCUUGCCAGAGAUGAAAACAAAAUGGUAGCUUUCUACAGGGUAUUAUUCCUUCCUACCAUACUGUCCAACUGAUGUUGAUCAUAUACUACUUUCGGUAUAAGAAUUGUCACUCCAGUUUGUGGCCAAUUUGACAUUAACACAUCAGUUAAGCUUUCAUAUGGAUUGUGCUUGUGCCAGUUGGCCCAGGAGCUGAGGUGGACAGAUCAAGGUACGGAAGCACUGAAAACAACCUGUCGCAUAUGGAGUUGUUCGUUUCCUGACUUGGCAAUAGAACAAGGAUCUUUGGAAAGAAAGCAUCCAGUGGCAUCUGAGGAUGCAUGAAACACUACCGACCACAGCAUAACACAGAAGCAUCACAUUCAAGAAGAAGGACUCUGUCAAGCAUGGAACAGAGAAGCUUGACCAGCAGCAGUGCCAAGACAUAGCUGCGUGAUAAAAUCAAACCUUUCUGCUGAAAGUAAACCUGUGCAGUGUGCAUUACUGCAAUAUUUACAUCUCUCAAUCACUCCUCAUGAGUACAUGGUGCUGGGGGAGGGAGGGAAGGAAGCAAGGGGGAGAACUACUGUGUAGACAGCUAUACUGCUUUACGUAUGUACCACUGUAUAUAUUACUAUCAGUCUUCUGAAAUCGUCUGUCUGGAUGUCAUUACUGCGUGCAUUUGUAGCGCCACAAAACAUUUUCUCCGUCCUUCCUCUGUCAGACACACAAGCUUCAGGAGAUGAAUACUAAGUGAGAAGGGGCACAUCCCCUGGCUCCAUCUUUUACUUGAUACACUCAGAUUAAAGUCUGUGUAAUGCCACACUAUGAGUUAUGGGUUAAUGGUGCCACUUACUGACGCCAUCUUUUUCGUUAAACAUCAUAGUUUCUUAAUUUGUAAUCUAAUUAUGUUUCUUUUGUUUAUUUUAGCUUCGAUGUGUAAGCAAUUUUUAUACUAUUCAGCUGCAUUGAGAAGAAGAAUCUUUUUCCAGACCUUGUGUAACACAGCAUGGAGAAGAAAAAGAGCUUCCAAUGAGCAGAGGGAUUUAAGACUUAUUUAACAUUUGCAUACUAAGCCCUCAAGACCACAGCCAGACUAGGCCCAGUUAUGCUAGGGUUUUUACAAAUACAUAGCAAACUGCAGCUACUUUUACAGGUUGCAUGCAGUCUAUGAAAAUACAUAGGAUGACAAGAGAACAGGGGCUGCAACUGCCUUGAAAGUUCAGCACAGCAAAUAUAAGACAGGAUGGUUGGCAGCCAGUCACAAGGGUGAGCAUCCUUCCUCACCUAAUCAUCUGGCUCUGGGCUACACUUUAUAUAAUCAAAGCAUGUUUGUCAAGUAGGAAAAUCACAAGGCUCCGUAAAAGAGAAAGUAUUUUUUCAUCUUUGUCUUAGAAAGAAAGUGGGAACUAACACCUUCAACCAACACCUUCAGGGACACCGCAAUGUCCCCGUCAUCACAUUAAUUAACAUAUUGCACAAUGAGUUCACCCACAGUGUGAUCAGUAGGUCUUGUUCAUCAUCUGGACACACAGAUGAGACAGAAGCUGGUGCUCCAGUUACCAGGUACCAAUGUAAAAGCUUUCUGAAACAGGUUUUCCAGGUGAACAUAAAGUACAUUGUCCUACAGAGAAAGCCUGCAACUUGUGAUGAUCUGCUGAAGCUCUGUGAUGAUGAUUUUCACACUUAAGAAAUCCUACUUCUGGUUCAAAGUUAAUUGUGUCCUCCCAUAGUUAACUUUCUUUGUCAGUGUUCAGUGGAAGAAGUCAACAACUAAUCUGUAAUUUUACCAGCAACAAUAAUGUCUACAGAGGGCAGAUCCUGCCUUUCUGUUUUUCUUUCUUGAGAUUAAAAAUGAUAAAAUUUAGCAACAUUAUUUUUUGUUUACUUUAAAACACAGUGUAAUUUUUAUAUUUCUAAUUUUUGUUUUUCAUAACACUAAUGGGUGCAUAGUUGCAGCCAGGCUUAGACCAGGACCAUUGUAUUAUAACAUGCACUGCUUAUUUUGACAACUAUUUAUUUUAAAUAUAUGAGAGAGAGGAGAUCUGUGGUUUGCUUGUAGAACUCAGCAUUAAUGCUUUGUCAUGUGCUUUGUUCUUGAUUUCCUUUAGUUCCCUCUGUGGCCAUGGAGAAUUCCUUCUGCUAUGCUGCCCUCCUUUUUUAGCUGUAAAACAGGACUAGUACUUUCCUUGUAAAGGUAAUGUGAGAAUUAGUUGGAGUUAAAUGCUGCUCUCAGCCGAACUCCAUGAGCAGAGCAGGAGUUAUAAACAUCCAUUUAGGAAGGACAAACUCAGCAAAGGGAUUUUAUGUGGAAAGUGCUUUGAAUACAAAAUGCAUAAUAGAAAUGCUAAGCAUCAUUGUAUUUAUAGCCAACGAAAGAGCUUUUAUGACUAUACAGAAAGCCUGAACAUUAACUAGAGAAUUUGAAAUGUCAUAGCAAACAAGAUAACUCUUUCUACAGUACUUUCAAACACAUUGACUUUCACCGUCUUGCCCACUCCCUUCAGCCUGUAUUCUCAAUAGCUAUGCAAGGGAAAGAAAGGUACAGAGCACCUAUGUUCAGGCUGUAACUUACUCAGCAACUUACUUCUGGACCCUGAAUUGAGGACUCCAUCAAAGUGGUUUCCCAAAUCUCAUUGUACUCUGCAUGGGAUAGAAAGGGUUAUUAAAAGACUUUCACCUUUUACCACUUUGCAACUUAGAAAAGCCAAAUCUGAUGUAAUGAAAUCCAUUCUGCAAACAGUUGUUUCACACUAAAGUUGCCUAUAACUUUAUAAGACAUGCAUGUUAGCAGAUGAACUAGAUUCUACAUACAGUGCCCAGACUACUACAAUGUGGCCAAAUACCUGCUGUCUCUGAAACAGAAUGGUUUUGUUUUUUUUUUAAUACAAAUGGACCUAAUGACCUAUGUGUACUGUGGUUAAUACUGUUACACAUUAAGUUGUUUUGUGUUGUUGUGGUACACUAACUUGAAUUAAUAUGCAGCAGACAAAGUGAACAAUCUCACCAAUAUUUUUAAAUGUGAGGUUUAAACUUGAGGCAUUAGAUUUCAAAAUGCUAGCAGAGGUAUCUGGAAUUUUGCUCCUCUUUACAGCAGUUGAAGUCAAAACAAAGUAUGUUGAAAGCAAUUAAUAAGAAAGUGGUGGCAAGAAGGGAGAGACUUGUUCAAAAAACUCCAAAGAUGCCUGAAGCAUUUAUAUACUCCAAUUUAUAUAUUCUAUGGUUCUACAAAGACAUUUUGCAUAUCAACACAUACAGAGAGAGUAUUGCAAGAAAUAGGUAUCAGAAACAGAGUAGAAUGUUCUAACCUGUUUAUUCAGCUAAUGUGUGCGUGUGUGCAAAUGUGUCUAUGUCUAUAUAUAAUAAAAACUACCUCACUCUCCAUUUUCCAGGAAAAACAUUUUGGCUUAGAAGUUUAAUAUUCCAAAGCUUUCUAUUAUUAAUUUCACCUCUCCAUUAUUCUUUUACAUAGAUAAAAUGCUCCCCCUUAUAAGGGGCAAUAUUUUGAAAUUAUCUAAAAAUAUACGUUAAAAGACAUAUUUGAGGAUAUGGAUUAAACUUCAUCCAAACCAUGUUGCCUCAAUUACUGCUUGUAAUGUGAACCUUAUUUGAUCACAUCCUGGGGUUAACAGGCAACAAAUACAAACACACUGUUUCAGUUUUUAUUUUGAAUUGCGUUCCAGUAAUGUGUAUCUUCUCUGGAAAAUAAUACAAUGCCACUAAUCAAAGCAAAAUGUUUGCAUGUAUGUUUCCCUUAAACUCCUCAUUAUAAUGUUAAGUGUUUUGUUGAAGUAAGCCCACAUAUUAGUGUAUUUGUACAGCAGAUUGUGUCCAUUGUAUUGUAUUCAUGUCAAAAAUAAAAGCAAUAAC